UGUGGGUGUUGGGGGUUUUUUUUGUUUUUUUUUGUUUUUUUUUUUUUUUUUACUUUCGUUGUGGCCGGCCGAGGGACUAAGCCGAGAUCAAUGAAGGAAAGAAGAGCGAGCCAGAAGUUAUCGAGCAAGGCGGUGAUGGAUCCCAACCAGAACGUGAAGUGCAAAAUCGUGGUGGUGGGCGACAGCCAGUGCGGGAAGACCGCGCUGCUCCACGUCUUCGCCAAGGACUGCUUCCCCGAGAGCUACGUCCCCACCGUUUUCGAGAACUACACGGCCAGCUUCGAGAUCGACACGCAGCGUAUCGAGCUCAGCCUCUGGGACACUUCGGGGUCUCCUUAUUACGACAAUGUCCGCCCGCUCUCCUAUCCAGAUUCUGAUGCUGUCCUGAUUUGCUUUGACAUCAGUCGGCCAGAAACUCUUGACAGUGUGCUAAAAAAGUGGAAAGGUGAAAUCCAGGAGUUCUGUCCAAACACCAAAAUGCUUCUGGUUGGUUGCAAGUCGGAUCUGCGCACGGAUGUAAGCACACUAGUGGAACUUUCCAAUCACAGGCAGACACCCGUGUCCUACGAUCAGGGUGCAAAUAUGGCCAAACAGAUUGGAGCAGCUACGUAUAUUGAAUGCUCAGCCUUACAGUCAGAAAACAGUGUCAGAGACAUUUUUCAUGUUGCCACUUUGGCGUGUGUGAAUAAAACAAAUAAAAAUGUUAAACGAAACAAAUCGCAGAGGGCAACAAAGCGAAUUUCACACAUGCCUGGCAGGCCAGAACUUUCCACAGUGGCGACGGACUUGCGAAAGGACAAAGCAAAGAGUUGCACGGUGAUGUGAAGGACCUUGAUUUCCUGGAGAAGGAGGAAGAGAGCGUCCGGGAGGGGUGGAGGCUCAAUGAAGUACGCAGCCACAUGGUAUUUAAUGAGAGCUUAUGCCAGUGCUUUAAUGGAAACUUCACCUGUUUUGUGAGACUGUACUUAGGAACUGAGCAGUGAGAAGAAAUGGCUCUAAACGAGGUGGCAUCGGGAAAUGAUACAUUGAAGAAAAUGCCAAAAAAAAAAAAAAAAGGGAAAAUGUUUGAAUGUGCUGAAAAAAGAGAGGGUGAAUGGGAAAAUAACACUGCAAAGAAGAGAGAUGUCAUUGACAGUGCUUGUUUCUUUUAUUAACGCUCUACUCCUGGAUGCUACCACUUUGAUUUCAUUAAAAUAAUACUUUAAUGUUUUUUUUAAAGAAGACAUUAUUAAUAUGCCCUCCUCAUUAAGGAACUAUCCCUGUGACCUUAUAGUUGGUUUUCCAAAGGAUAUGAUCUAAUUUUUUUUAGUAGCUCAUCGUUAAAAUGGGGAGUAUACUGAGGCCUGUGCAUCACCUAGAGGAAAACACUGUAUGUGAGAAGUCUGGAGUUUUGCCUUCCCGAGACAGCAGCGCAAUCUACGUUUGAGCACGUUGGUAAUGAAGGCAACCGUUUGAGAUUUCCGAGUAUUAUAGGUGCCCCCGCACUGUGGAAAUUAAACGGAUCAAAUUGGGGUGUGGGGGCAAACUACCUGCCCACUGCAGGACUCUGACUUCCCAUUCCUCUUCGUGAUUGUAAUUUAGAGUGAAAAUUAUCUCCAGUUCUGGUGUACUGUAUGGGUAUGUUGCUGUAGGUUCAAGUGAAAGGUGCUAAGAGCUAUGAUGACAAAUGAUCCUUAGUUUUACAACCAUGAUAAUUCGUUAAGCCUUACUGCCCAUCUGGGGAAGCCCCAAGACUCCUCUGCUUCUGCUAGGAGUUGGGAGAGCUGGGUGGAUCCCAGGAUCUAGCCCUCUGUAAAAGCUACAGAGAAGUGCUAUUCUGUGAUGUGGUUCACUGCAAUUAUCUUUGCAAAAAACCCAAGAAUCUGCAAAUGAGCCAGCAGAGCCAGGUUAUCUUUUGCGAUGCUCUUCUUUUGGGGCAGCCGUCUCUCGCUGCAGACUGUGUUUGCUCGUGGUGAGGAAAUGGGGUCUGAAGAACUGCGACGCCUUAAGGGGUCCCCAGUGGAAACUGGAUAUUGCCUUUAGUCUUUAAGAUUAAUAUAUACGUAUCCAGACAACAAUCACGAAACAUCGGUGAACCAAUUAAGUCAAAUUCCUUUUUGCUUACUGAAUACUAUUGUUACAUUAAAUAAAUCGGCCUUUAAAAUUGUUUGCAACUGCUUACUGACUGAUGUAACUUCAUAGCUUCUCUCAAAAGAAGGAUGCUGUAAGCUCUAACCAGUGCGGCUAUCGCUUGUUGAGGACAAGCGUUCAGUUCCCAAGGGUAAUGCUUCAUUUUUGAAGUGUUAAAGCUGCGUUCACGUUAACUUGUGCCAAGGUAAAGGGUUACCAUAAUUAAAACUCAGUUCUGUGUUCCCAGCACUUUGUCUCAUCUGCUAAGAAAAAAAACCCCACACCCAUUCCGAUCAUUUCCCACAAAAAGACAUUUUUACCACCAUAAUAAGCUUUUGACUGAUGCAACAGUGCGCUUAGGGCAGUAUUACAAAAUAGCUGGUAAGUGCUUUCUGUAUUUAAAUAUUGUGGAAAAAAUAAGUUAUAACUGUUAUAAAGCAGGACAUUCAUUACUUUUUUUUAAUUGUUGAAGUCACUUUGUAUGUUUGGUUAAUGUUUCUGCAGUAUUUAUUAAAAUACCAUUUUUUUUCUUUGAAUUAAAAAAAAAGUAAUUGACUUGUAGUGGAAA